AUGGAUGUUAAAAAUGUCUUCCUUCAUGGUGAGUUGCAAGAAAAUGUGUAUAUGAAGAUGCCACCUGGGUAUAAGGGGCUUGGACACGGAUUUGAAGUGGAAAGUGAGGGAGAGUAUGUGAAGCACACUAGUAAUAGCAAGAAGAAGCAGAUAAUCAUUGUGAUCUUAGUAUAUGUGGAUGACUUGAUCAUUGCAAGCAAUGAUAUGAGUGUUGUCAAGAGCACAAAAGCACUGCUUAGCUCUCACUUUCAGAUGAAGGACCUAGGAAUAAUCAGAUACUUCCUAGGAAUUAAAGUUGAUCAUUGUAAAGAUGCUUCAUGCAUCAACCUACAAGUGCCCCAUAUGCAAGCAGCAAAGAGGGUACUUAGAUAUCUUGCUGGCUCCAUGAGUCAAGGUAUCCUUCUGGCUAACACAUCUGCAGCUCAUCUACAAGCUUUAUGUGAUAGCGACUGGGCAAGGUGUGCCGACACUAGGAAAUCCACAUUAGAAUUUUGCAUUCUACUUGGUGACUCACAAUGUCAUGGAAGUAAAAAAAGGCGAUUUGUAGUUGCUAGAAGCAGUGCUGAAGCUGAGUAUAGGUCUAUGGCACUCACUAUUUGUGAGAUGAUGUAG